AUGGGAAUACAACUUGAUCAUGGAAGUGAAAAUAUAGAAGAUACGAAUGCAGGUCCGGCAAAGAAAAACGCUAGAGUGAUCAAAUUAGGUGGUGGCAACAAUGGUGGUAGUAGCAAUGGCAGUGGCGGUGAGGUCAAAGGUGGUGAUGGUGAUUGCAACAACAAUUGCAAUGGGUAUAAUGGUGGUGCGAAUAGUGGGGUGUGGUGGUUGGGGUGCAAAGCUUACAAUGGUGGUAGAGGCGAUGACAACGAAGGUGGCAGUUGUGAUUGCAGUGGUGGCGGUUGUGGUUGUGGUAAUGGUGGUGGUGGUGGUGAUGGUGGCGGUGGUGACGAUUAUGAUGACGAUGAUGCAAUGAUGGUGGCGGUAAUGGCAAUUCCGGAGGUGGUGGCGGUGGCGACGAUUGUGGUGGCAGUGGUGAUGUAA